AUUUGGAAGCACGAUAGGUUUUAAUUAACGAAACUGUCGCGAAGACAGGAUGCGAGGAGGGCCCGAGGAAGAAGCUGCUGAAAGGAAACGCUGGAACGACGCGGAGCAGAAGAAAAUCAAUGACAGCGUACAAGCCCUGAUAAACAAAAGGAAGCUGUACAAACCGGUCGGGACGUCCGAAAAGGAGGCGGAGGAUAAGAAGAAGACGAAGGAGGACGAAGAAGAAGUAGCUGCCACGAGCAAGCUCGUGUGCACGAGCAACGAACUGCUCCAGCUGGAGAGGAAGAAAAAGUCAGGUGUCUCAUCCCCUUGCAGCUCCUCCGCGUCCUCGUCGGACGACGAGGAGGUGGAGAACGACGGAACCGUGCAAAAAGGAAUCGAGAAAAGCGACGGAAUCGGGCCAAUGGCGGAGGAAGAAAGAAAAACCCCCGUCGACCAAACGGAGCUUAUAUUGCCCUGGAAAACUCAGAAAUCGCAAAGUAGAGAGCCUACGGUAUUAGUAGAAGAUAUAACAGAAGAGAAGGAGUACGUGGCAGGCGAUGGAGAGAGGAAGAGGCUGGCCAAGGAAAUUUUGGACGGGAGAAGAAGCAUGGACGAUCCACCGGGUGGUUAUGCUUUGGAAAGAGAACUGGCCCAUUACGAGAAACUUGUCCUGGAGACGAGCAACGAGACCGCAAUUACUUCUGCCGAGGAAAAAAAAUCCUUUCAAAGUACCUCCGUUUCUUGCGAUAUUCUGGAAUCGAAGAAAACCAAAAAUAACGAGGAAGACGAACGUUUUUACCAGGAUAUCAUGGACAAUUACCGAAGAAAAGAUGAUGCACAUCCUCUGAGCAGCCAACUAAGUAGCAUCAGACAGGACAUGAAGGGAUUCUGUGCGGACAUGGACAAGUUUGUCCAGGAUAAUAAAAUCGUCUUGGAGAACGGCGACGUGAAAGGGUUCUGGGGUCAGAAGAUGCGAAAAGAGCCGCACGAAAAUAACGAACAAACAGACUCGGCCACCAAGGAAGAAAAAAUUGAAUGGUGGAACACGAAGGAAAGAAAAUUAAAGGUUCAGGAAAUCUUGAAGAAGCGAGAAGAAGAAACGAAGAAAAAACCAGAAGAACAGAAGGUUACGAAGAAGAUCGAAAUCCUUGAAGCCGACGAUAAAAAAAUCACUAAAGAAAAGGAAGAAAUAGAACUGUCGUCCUCCGAUAGUGUCUACGAUCUACUAAAUUUAAAAACGUGUCAAAAAAUUCUUUUAAAAGACGUGCAGACCUAUCCCGAAAACGAGGACAGAAUAUUUGACGAACCUACGCAACAAGAAGAUCCUUCUUCCGGUAUCUUUAGCUCUCUGUUCAAAGAACUGAACAGCAAAAGUCGAGUGAAUGCGGACUUAAGAAAAUCGAAAGCAGGUAGCCAUUGCGAAUUGCCAGUCAUAGAGGAAUCGGAAGAAGUGAACGAAGACGCUCAACGUAAGAAGGUACCAAAGAAAUUUGUUAAAAGAGAGGUUGACGACGCGUCGAGUAAUUCGACCGAUAACGAAUCGGAUGUCGAUUCCAUAGUAACCGUGAUCGAUCUUUACGAUAAAUCGACGAAAGGACCAAGUUCCGAUCAAAAACAGAAUUCCGACACUGUUACGAAUACGACGGAAAAAAGUGAACGUAAAGUUUCGGAACAGAAUACUCGGCGAUCAAAGGUUGAAAGCUCGAAUAAAAGUUCCCUGAAAUCGUGUAAAAGGACUGGCGAUAACGACUCCGACGAUGUUGCUAUAAAAAGGUCUCAUUUAAUCGAGGAAAUUGAUUCUGAAAAGGAAAAGAUUGGUUACGACGUGGCUGAAAGAUGUAGACGACACGUGAUGAAAGAGGCGAAGGCUUUCAUGAAAAAGAAAUCACCUCUGAUCGAUCAGUACAUAGAAGAUUUUAUAACCAACAGAAAACCUGGAGACAAUUCUAUACCUAGAAAUUACGAGCAAAUGGACUUUCUGGAUUUGUCUUUUGUAAGGUCUGAACCUUCGAAAAAGUCUAACGAGACGAGGAAAGGCGUGAAUCUUUAUCAAGAUUUUUGCGAACAUUUGGAUCGGUUGAACAACGACAGGAAACUUUUGAUCGAGCCAGACUUCGCGAAAAGCAAGAAAAUGGAUCUCGAGGAAAAGAAAGGCGACGUUCUAUCGUCAAGGGAAACCAAACAGUCGAAGAAGGAACAAACACAGCCAUUGAUCGAGGUGAUUGAGAAAAAUCCAAGAAAUCUAAAGGACGUCGAACAGCCUGAAGAACGACCACCUGUUGACCCUGACGAUCCUACGAUGGACGCUGCGUUAAAAGACAAGAUAUUGAAGAGCAUAAAUGCUCCAAAAAGCGAGGAGCAAAUGGAGAGAGGGAAGAGGUCGGCUGAAAAAUUGAUGAAGGUGUCUAGGGAAGCUAUGGCAAAAAGAAAAUCGAUGCUCGAUCAAUCGUCUAGCAGUUGCAUUCAGCAAUUAGAAUUCGACGAAAGCAGAAUAUACUUCAAAAAUCUACUGAGCGAGAAUUUUGCGAACAUCGAUCGGUCGGAAAAAAUAGAAAAUGUCGUGGAAAGUAACUCGGAAACUGAAGAACAAGCUACUGUAAAUUCGAACGACAACCAAAAGGAAAGCGGAAAAUCGAGAAAAAGUCUAGAAUUGCAGGUCAUUCAACAAAACUAAAGAUACUUCGUACAAAAACUUUAAAGUUAGAAACUGAUUGAAUUAUAUUUAAAUUUGUAAUAGAACAAACAAGUGUUAACAAAAGAUUAAUGUUGUCAAAAGAACACGCGUGGAUGAGUAUCAUAGGUUCCUUAAGUUAAGUUGCACCUCUGUAUUCUUCUUCCUUGUAUUCGAAUAAACGUGUUAAAACCGAAGGGGUAAGGGCACAUGGUAUGCCCUGAUCUGCUUUCAGAGUAUUCGGUUGUAAAAAUAAUUCGCGAGAUACUUGAAAUUAAAAAGAAAUUUCGCCUUUUAGACGAAAGAUGGCAAAAUAGAGUCGAUAGUCUUCUACUACGUACACUUUAUUUUUCAUUUUCUUGUCCACACUCACAUCAAUUAUAUAAUAAUAGUAAUGAUGAUGGCGGUGAUCCGGUGAACCGUAAUUAAUAGUAAGAAUAAUUAAUCCGUAAUUAUGCGUAAUGACAAUCGGCUGCUUGCAAACGAAACAACAGUCUCCGACGUUCUUACGUUCUCGUCGUUCCCGAGGACAAAUCGGGCCACGAAAAUCCACCCUUCGAAUAUCCCGUGUCCUCGCAAAAGCUUGGCAAAAAGCUCGUGAUACUUUUAUACGUAUAUAUAGGAUGAUAUCGGAAUGGAAUUUUUCUUCUCCCUUUUCUUUUAUCGUAACGUUCUCGUCGAACCUUGUUUAUUACACGUUCAACCGUUUUUUAUAUUUCCUUUCAUCAAAGUUCGUCUCUUGUUUUCAUUUUCUUCUAUUAUUUUUUUUCAUUUCUAUUCGACCAUUUCCCUUUCCGUACGUUCAGCUCGUUUAUUUUAUAUAAUAAUACACGCCAGACGAAUGUCGUUCUCGCGUGUGCUCUUAAAAACUAUCUUAUACUGUUCUCUCUCUCUCUCUCUCUCGUUCUCUCUUUUUCUCUGGCUCAUCGCAGGAAGUAAAGAAACGUACAGAUACAUUAUACUUCACUGUUUCUAUAAUUAUUACAAUAAUAGAUUUAUAAAUUGUCCACUUUCCCUCUCCCAUGCACACUAAUUUCCCUGGCGUCCCUUUCACGCGACAUCAAGCAAAACAAAAAUCGAACAUUCGCACACACGUUAGUCGCAGAGUUUUUCGUACACGAUUAUCACACGCUCACUCAUUCGUUUGUUCCCUAAUUUUAAGUUAUCCUCUUGAACUAUACCGACCAUCGAGGAAAUGGUCAUCGACGAUCAGAGUCGAAUUAGAAAUCGGCUAUCAAAGGGAAUGGAUAUCGUAAAGUUAUUUUGAAAUCGCCGACAAUAUUUUCAUUGGUACAUCAUCGACAGACGUAUCUACGUAGAAAAUAAAUUUUGAAAGCUGAUCUUUCCGAGUGUUCUAAACAUUGAACAGAAUUGCACAUAAAUAUAGUAAGUUACCCAAGGCAAAUAACCGAAUAGGAAAUUACCACGUACAAUGUAAAUAUAGAUAUAUCGAUGUAAAAACCGAUGAAUACAACGUAGUCGAUAAUGAAAGGAUGAAAAUAUUGCUGGUGAUUCCAACAUGAACUGGAUAUCGUUUCCAUUCCAGCAUCGAUUCAAGGGAUAAAAAAAAGACAGAAUCUCGUGAUCGCCGAUCAACACUUCCUUGGCCACAUUUGUGUAUACAUACGUUUAUCUCUUUGGAUUUAAACCUUCGCUUAUUAUAUCGUAUCGUUAUAGUGUCGGUUGCUCUGUUGCUUCCAUCGCGGUUAAUUAGUUUAAUUGUUUAAUGCAUGACAGCCCUUACACGUUACGUUACAGAGAGAGAGUGUGUACCUUAACGACUAAUGCUUGUAGUAUUAAAAGGGGUUCAGGUUAUCGAACAAAAUCAAAAGAAAAAUCUCAAAAGCUUGCCGCUAUAUUCUUCCUUUUCUAUCUCAUGCUCGAUUUUAUUCUCGCGAUCCAGAAAGGUAAAAUUAAUCUGCUAACCGGAACUGUUCGAAUAAAAUGAAACGAUUCGCAAGAAGCAAGAGGUGCACCGAGCCUUUCGUCCAACACGUUCGUUGUGGACCGAGGGUGGUGCACGUAUCGUAGCGUUAGCAUUGCUCCGAAUCGAGGAUAGUUAUUCGCUGCGCGAAAGAAAUAAAAUUGUCAUCGACAUUAACGGUUUCGAGUGACACGAAUUCGAGUCGUACGCGUAUCGCAAGAUAUUAACGCAUCGUUUGUCGAACGAUUAAAAGAAAUAAUAUUAACCGAGUACAACGCGAAUCCGCGUUUCGCGCAGAUCGAAAUCGAUUAAAAUUUAGUGACCACAAUGAACGCGUCAACUGGUCUUACGAAGGACUAUAUUUUCAGACAAGUUUCACGCGUUUCUCCGGUUAACAGGUUAAAAUGAAAAAGAAAUAUAAAUAACAAAGUUUAGUCUAUCAGGAACGCGAAAACUGUGUCGAAUUUGCAAUCAUGUCUUUGGGAAGAAACGAAUAUCGGAAAUCGAUCGUCGGGUUGUGCUGGCAAUAAUGAUUCGAACUCUGUUCGUUCGAUCGCUUUUAUCAGUCUUCUUUGAUUCUAGUCCGAGAAAAAUUAACGUCGAUACCGUUGAUUCUUCGCGUACUCUUGAUCCCUGUUUUUUUUUAGACGAGCGUGUUCGCGCGUUUUUAUUGUGCAAAAUUGUGUACGAUUUUUCCCAAGUCGCCAUUCUUCCGAUUCCUAAUCGCAACUUUCUCUCUUCGUGUUUCCUCUGGUGAACGUGUCUCGUCUUUGUACUACGAUCCUUACUCACUUUUUUUAUGCUUUUUCUUUUUUUUUCUGUUUUCUUUUUUCUUUAAGGAGGAUUGUCAUCGUGCGUUGGUGUUAUCGCGUGCGAAACAUUCAACGAAAUGUUCCGAAAAGAACUAUAGUUUAUCAAAACACGUAACGAUAAUAUAAAUGCUUCCCGAAAGAUAUGUCACGACAUACUGUCGAAUCACGCUCCAAAUAGUAAAUAUACUUUUGCUAAAUAGUAAAUAUAUCUUUGUAAACAAAAAGGUAAAGAUGCGUUCGAGAGCUUCCCGAUGUGCAAACAGGUUAUUAAAAUAGAGCCAUCAUUGUUGCGGAAACAUUUUAAAAAGAGUUUGUACUAUGGUCCAAGGAUGAUCGAGAAUCUGACAAAUUUUACUACGAUACUUUAAAAUCGAUGCUAAAAGCGACACG